AGUCUGAACAAAGAUAGCUGUUGAAAAAUAGUCCAGGCUGUAAUUAAGAUGAAUGCUCUCCCUAAAUUAUAACUUUUAUCAUAGCUUAUUAUUAUUAUUAGUAGUAGUAGUUUUCAGUUGAUGAGGUUACAAAGUUUUAUGAAGUAGAUAGCUACAAAUAAAUAUUAAUCAGUAUUAGUAAUUACUAGCCCCUCACUUAGCCGUCACAGCUCCAGUGUUAGGUGUGUGUGAUUGUGUGUGACUGUGUGUGUGUGACUGUGUGUGUGUGACUGUGUGUGACUGUGUGUGUGUGUGUGUGUGUGUGUGUCAGGUUCCUGUCUCUACUCUCCAUGUCGUUCUUUGUUCUUAAGCUUUCCCACUGCACUUAUUGUGUUUAGGUACCUGGUUAAUUCCUCACCUGUUCUCACCUGUGCAGUGCUGCUGGUGGUGUUGUGUCUCAGACAUGGAGUCCUGCAGGGUUCCUCACCAGGUCCUGCUUUUAUUCAUCCUCACGUUCAUCACAGUAUCUGUAUCAGCUGUCACUCCUGUACAGGUGAAGUUUAAUCAGGCUGCUGCUCUGCCCUGUGAAUGGGAAUGUUCUCUUGAGGCCAAAUGGACUCUGUUCAGUGACCGAGAUGAUGUAGUGGCUCGGUGUGAUCAGACAUCCUGCUGGUCACUAAAGGAGGGAUUUAAAAUGUUCCAUGAUCAGUACCUGAAGGGAAAUCUCACCCUCACCAUCACUGCAGCUGAUUACAGUAUGAGGAACAAAUACACGUGUGAGUGUGAUGGCGAAGACAUUAAUGAUGUGUGUCUCAGCAUCGAGACCAUGAUAUCAUCAGUUCAGUUAAACCCUGGUGAAGAUCUGCAGCUGGAUUUGCACGUAUCAGAGCGAGUGAAGUUGAUCUAUAAGGGUGGAGAUUCAGCAGAUCCUUAUGGUGAACAGAUCUGCACUGUGGAUAGAAGCUCACUACGCUGUACAGCUGAAUACACACCGAGAACAUCACUCACUAACACAGUUCUUACACUGAGAGGAGUAAAGCUGACUGAUGGGGGAGUUUACAUCGUCCGCGACACAGAGAAUAAUGAAGACCUUCAUAUUUACGCAGUAUCAGUGAGAGAUCAGCAGGAGAGAGCGCUACCAUUGUGGGCGAUUGUCCUGAUAGUGCUGGUGGUGGCAGGGCUGUGCUUCUGCUGCUGCAGCUUCUUGUUGCAGAGUAAAUCUGACUUCAGUUCUACCAAAUUGCUAAACUUGUAUAGAGGAUCAGCAGUGGAGCAGGAAGAGAACAGACCUUGAAUGGUACCUCAGAAAUGCCUAAACUGCCAGAGAAGCAAAUGAUGAUGAAGCAGGAAGAGAACCUGAAGCUCAAACAUAAGAAUGGAGUAACAGAGGGAAGAGACUUAUAACUUCAUACAGCAUGUUUGGAUUAUUUUCUGUUUUGCAUCGUUGUUUCUGCUCUGACUUUCUCCAGAAGUGCUCAGGUUUGUGAACCCUGCAAGCUCAUGUUUUUUCCACCUGUCUGUUGUGAUUCUUCUCCUUGUGAGCUGCUCCAUGUCAGUCUGAGCUGCUCAGUAACUUUCCCACUAGCUGGGACUGAUCAGUGUUUACUGGGUGUGUCCUCACACACACGUGUUCACUAGCUGGGACUGAUCAGUAUUUACUGGGUGUGUCCUCACACACACGUGUUCACUAGCUGGGACUGAUCAGCGUUUACUGGGUGUGUCCUCACACACACGUGUUCACUAGCUGGGACUGAUCAGCGUUUACUGGGUGUGUCCUCAUACACACGUGUUCACUAGCUGGAACUGAUCAGUGUUUACUGGGUGUGUCCUCACACACACGUGUUCACUAGCUGGGACUGAUCAGCGUUUACUGGGUGUGUCCUCAUACACACGUGUUCACUAGCUGGAACUGAUCAGUGUUUACUGGGUGUGUCCUCACACACACGUGUUCACUAGCUGGGACUGAUCAGUGUUUACUGGGUGUGUCCUCACACACACGUGUUCACUAGCUGGGACUGAUCAGUGUUUACUGGGUGUGUCCUCAUACACACGUGUUCACUAGCUGGUGUUGUAUUUGCUGUAGCUGAUUAACUUCACUGAGCUUUGUUUUAUUACUGUACACCGGAGUGACUCCAUCUUCUCCCCUCAGUCGUGGCUCUGCAGUGGCGCUUAACUGCUCCAUAACUCAGCUUCACUGCUACAACUCCUGGGCAAAAAUACUGUUGAUCACCAUCUCAACACCUUUUGAUUAUCCUCAUCAUCCUUGACCUUUCAGCAGCGUUUGACACAGUGAACCACAAGACUCUCUUGUCCAUGAGUCUAGGAAUUGGUGGUACAGCCGGUGGUGUCAUGGAGGAGAUCCACAUCUGCUCCCCGCAGACUCUCCACUGGUGUCCCACAAGGCUCAGUACUUGGUCCUAGACGUACCUCCUAAAGUACUUAAAUUAGAAAUUCAUAAAAAAAAGGGAAAACAACAACUUUGUAUUGUAUUGUUACCAUAUCAUCUCCCCAACAGAGUUUUUGGACUGAUGGUAUUCUUAGUCUGUGACCUAGCGAACCAGUAUCAGAGUGUAUUUAUUGAUAGAGACUUCAACGCACUCCUGUAAGUCGCUCUGGAUAAGAGCAUCUGCCAAAAUGGCAUAAAUGUAAAUGUAAAUUAAUUUUGUCUGUGUUCUGGAUAGAAAUUAUAGAAUAAUGUAAAUAUGUAAAUAGCUCAUUUGUGGUGCCUUGACUAAAGAUGGCUUCAGAAAGUGACAUCAGAAAAUCCUCCUUUGCUUAUUUAUUACGUUCUGUAGUUGAUGACGUGUAAUGUAUAAUACUUGUUUGUAUAAGUCAAAGGGAUACAGGAAUAAACAGACGUUUUCAGAAGAAUACAGGAAUAAACAGAUGCAGAAAAACAAAUAAACUUGUAUGUAUUUAUUUUGGGAAAUAAUUUUUGCUGGGGCUUUUUACUAGGAACAUCAGAAAAUAUUUAAAACAUUUAUCCUUUUAUUUAAUGUUAUACUUUACUCUGCCUUUAUUCAAAUGUAGAUUAAGUCUGCAGCUGCUUCAUUAUUGCAUCUGUAAAAGAAGCAGAAUUUGUCCUGCAGGAUUCCAGUGGGUUUCUGUUCUUAGAGGUAUGAAUCUCUCUGGAUAAGAGUCUCUGCUAAACACUAGAAAUGUAAAUCAGUCAGAUACCUCCUGACCUCCACUGUGGUUUCAGCACUGGCACUUUGGACCUGCUGAGUUUUAUUAAAGCCAACACAAGAUUUCAGACUGUGAUGUUAUUUCACCUGUGCUGUGAGAUCAGAUCUGAUAUAAACCCAGACUGGCCAGAUUUCACUCAAUUCAGUUUUAUUUAUAUAGUGAUUUUUAACGAUAGAUAUUGUGCUAAAGCAGCUUUACAGAAAUGCAGGUCUGGUUUUAGAUCCUUAAUGAACAAGCCAGAGGAGACAACAUGAGGAAGAAACCUUGAGAGGAACCAGACUCUAAAAGUAAGCCAUCCUCUGUUGGGAGACAGAUGAUCUGAUCAGUGAUCAGCACAUUCACUGGUAAAACCUCGGGUCCAGGGGCAGGGCUAGUGCACAGGAAGAGUGUUGAAGUGGAAUUGUGCAUCUACACUGGGACAGAGUCACUCUGAAACAGCACAGCUUUAAAACACCAGCAGAUGGUUGCAGCUGUAGACCGUAAGCUCCAUCACAGCUUAGUGUGAACGUAAACGACUGCUACGUUUGAGUUCACCAACUACUAAAAAAAUUAACAGUCCCAGCAAGUACAGUAGCAUACCUAAAAACUUACACCUGCCCGCUAGUAAUGCAGCGUCUGCCCUAAACAAAACUACUCACUAACUCUGUUCAGUGUAAAAAGCGCAGGUUUACUGACUAUACAUAGUGUUUUAUUUUGUAAGGAGUGUAAUGAUGUCUUUAUGGGGAGAUAUUUUUGUGCUCUCUGAUCACCAGUCAUGGCCAUCUCACUGAAACACACUAUAAUCAUAACGGAUCAGAGGAUAAACAACAAACAGACUAUUUUUAUAAUCAGGAAUCGUAACGAGCUCUGAAGUGACAACGCAAAAUAUCACGGGUCAGAUUGGAGUUUAUUGGUAAGGAACAUCAAAAACCCUGCUUUCUCUUGGAGAUCACGAGUUUAAGUUCCCACGCGCACCAUGCAGGACUAUACAGGAGUAAGGGUACACAAUGUACACUAUACACAAUACAAACCUCUGGCCUGUUUCAAGGUGACUGCACUGUCUGAGAAACUGCUACAGGUGGAAGAUUGCUUUAGGUGUCAUCAUGCAGGUGCACAUUUGCAAAGUUUUAUAAAUCUUAUUUUAUUUUUGCCUGCAUGCAGUUUUCUGGGCUUUGUGCAUAUGCACACUUUCACCCUGGCAUCCAUACUUUAGAAAUGAGGCCCCAGAUCCUCUAAAUUUAUUAUUGACAUCAUUAAAGGAACCAAUAAUCUGCAAAUUCUCUUUGUUGCUGAAUUAUUUUCUAUUUUGCAUCGUUGUGUAUCGCUGUAGUUCAGGAUUGUGGGCGUUUGUUGCUGGUUGAAGUUCUGGUUGCUUUUGCCUCUGACCACUGAAGAUGCAAAAUGAAUAAAUGAAUAGUUCAAUGCCCCUGUGCACAAAGCGAGCUCUAUGAAAAUAAUGUUUCUAUUAAAUAAUGUGUGUUAUUGGCUUUAAUUGUUAUCUAUCUUUCAUCUUUAUACAUGCUCAUGUCAAGUAACUUUAGCAGUUUUACACACACUCAGUACUGUUUGACUUUAUAGUAUGCAGCUGUGGAUGAGCAGUGAGGAGGUGUUUCCUCUCAGUCUGGUUCUUCUCAAGGUUUCCUCCUCAUGUCAUUUCAGAGAGUCUUUUCUUGCCACCAUUGCCUCUGACUUUCUCAUUAGGGAUCUAAAUCUAUAUCUGGAUUUCUGUAAAGCUGCUUUGUGACAGUGUCCAUUGUUAAAAGCGCUAUAUAAAUGAAAUAAAAUGGAAUUGAAUUUAAAAGAGGAGUGAAAUCUUGCUGCUGCAUUUGUGUUUGUUGUAUACUGGGUUACGAGGACCAGUCCAAAAUCU